AUGGCCGCGCCGCUCUACGUGACCCAGUCAGGUCGCCUGUUCCAUGCGGGUCUCAUCCUCAUUGUCACUGUUGGCCUGCCUGCGCGAGGCAAGACUCACAUCUCGCGCGCACUCGAGCGCUACCUACGCUGGCUAGGCGUCAAGACCAGAGUUUACUCGCUCGGCGACUACCGCCGCAAGAUGCUUGGUGGAACCAAGAACCUGCCCAGCGACUAUUACAAGGCCGACGGCCCAAAGUCGCCCGAAACAAUCGCGCUUCGUGAAAAGGUCAAGCGUGGCCUCGAGCAGCAGAUCUGGGACUUCUUCACCGUCCAGGGUGGCCAGGUCGUUAUCUACGAUGCCAACAACGGCAGCGAGUCCGCGCGCAAGGACGUGAUUGAAACAUUCAGAACCAAGGGGGUGCACGUCAUCUUCCUCGAGUCACUGUGCGACAACGACGACAUCAUCACCUCCAAUAUCCGCAGCGUAAAACUCAGUUCGCCAGACUACGCGGGUUGGGAUGCGGACCGGGCCCUGGCCGACUACUGGAAGCGCAUCCGUGGCCAGGAAGGCGUGUACGACACGGUCAAGGCCGAGGAGGGGCCAUACAUCAAGGUCAUGAACGUGGGGGAGCGCAUCGAGAUCAACCGGAUUGAAGGAUACCUCCAGACUCGGUGCUGCUUCUUCCUCAUGAAUAUUCACACGCGGCCGCGCACAAUCUUCUUUGCAAGGUCUGGACAGUCUCUGAUUGAGCACUCGUUCAAGGCUGACUCGGACCUCUCGCCUGGAGGGUGGGAGUACGCCGAGCGCCUCAAGGCCGCAGUCACAGCGCGUCGCAAGGCGCUGAGAGAAGAGCGCCGCGCUCGCGGCGAGUCGACCAACGAGAACCCGCUCGUCGUGUGGACGAGCACGCGGCGGAGAGCGCACCACACCGCGUGGCCGUUCGUGCACGCCGGCUAUAAGGUCGUGCAGAAGCAGAUCAUGGGUGAGAUCAAUCCCGGCGUGUGGGACGGCCUCUCGGCUGCCGAAGCGCAAGAAACGUACCCUGACGAGUGGGAUCGCUUCCUUGGUGACCCGUACGCGCACCGCGCACCACGCGCAGAGUCUUACCACGACCUCUCGGUGCGACUCGAGCCGGUCAUCUUCGAGCUUGAGCGUUGCCAGGACGACCUGCUGAUCAUCGGACACGCGUCGGUCAUUCGCUGCCUACUCGCAUACCUCGUCGGCCUGCCGCCGUCCGAGGUGCCCGCGAUCGAGAUUGCACGUGGCGACCUCGUUGAGGUCACGCCCGCUUCGUAUGGCGUCGUCAGCCGCGCGUUCCACUUCUGGUCUGGCGAGGGCCACCACGACGAGGCCGGCCGCAACCUGUACGAAAACUUUGCAGAGGCGACGUCAGGCGUCGGCGGCAGCAUCGCAAGCUUUGCGGGCGAGGUGGAGGACAUUGAGCGCGAGGCCGAGGCUGAGGAGGCCAUGGACAGAGAGAAGAAGGCGGACAACGUCCGCGCCAGGCUCCGGGAGCACUUCAGCACCAAGACAGAUGGGUGGAUGAGCGCGCCUGGCGGCCGCGGCAUCGUCACGCCGGCCGAGCCAGCCGAAGGCUCGUUGGGCGGCCAUUCGGAGCACGAGGGCGCGAUCGACACGCCCAACAUCGAGGGCGACGGCGAGCAGCCGUCUACCGUUAGAGAGCGAGCCAUGAGCAUUCUCAAGAUCUAG